CCCAGCCUGCGCACUGGCUAGCUAGUUACUUCGAUCUGCCCGAUUUUCGAGGCCUUAAUGGACAGUAUAUAAACCACCUCAGCCUCUUCACUCAUCUCCACCACAAACCACAAUUAAACAACACACUCUCCUUAUUCAACUUGUGGAGCUACUUCCACCCACUAUCUACCUUCAUUUUAUUUUCAGUCUCCAAACUCCAAAGGGAAAAUGAACAGACCAGGAGAUUGGAACUGCAGGACAUGCAACCACCUGAACUUCCAGAGAAGAGAAUCAUGUCAGCGAUGCGGGGAGCCGAGGAGUGGCGGCGGCGACUACGGUGGCGGCUUCGGUGGGGGCAGAGGCUCUUCCUCCUUUGGCGGAUUCACCACUGGCCCGGAUGUUCGCCCCGGUGACUGGUACUGCACCGUCGGAAACUGUGGAGCCCACAACUUUGCCAGCCGCUCCAGCUGCUUCAAGUGCGGUGCCCCCAAGGAGGACUCCUCCGCCGGCCCAUUCGACGUCGACAUGCCCCGAAUGAGACCCUUCGGCUUUGGCGGCAGCGGCGGCGGCGGCUCCUCUGCUCGCCCUGGCUGGAAAUCCGGUGACUGGAUAUGCACCAGGUCAGGAUGCAACGAGCAUAACUUCGCCAAUAGAAUGGAGUGCUACCGAUGCAAUGCACCGAGGGACUCUAGUAGUGCCAGGUCUCCCUAUUCAUCGUAGAGUUCCUGAUCAUUUGAUGUGGUAAUUGUUUGCUGUCCAAGGAGAGAAUCGAGAGGCUAUCCCUAUUUCCUAGUGAUAGUUUACUUUUUUUUUUUUUUUUUGUUCACUUGCUUCCAUAUGUUACUUUCUUCAUCAUCUCAUGCGGAUAUUUAUUUUUGCUUUUUUGAUUUUCUUCCAGCUAGGAAGCUUUAGGUGAAUUAUGAUUUUGAGGUUUUGUUGGCGCUGAGUGAUUCUGGUAUAUGAUGACUCAGCAGCUAGCCCAUGUACUUUUAUAAGUAUCAACAAUUUAAUAUGAGUACGUGUUAAUGUGUUUCGAGAGGGGGCUAGCUUCUAAGCCUCAUCAUCACUAUGAUUUGGUGCAAAGAUGUUCUUUAUCUAAUUCUCCGAUAUGUGUUCAGAAAA